UUAUACGCUGCGUUAAGAGAGGAAGAAGAGAGACGUGAAAAAGAAGAACGGCACUUUCGAGAAAGGUUUGCAGCCAUGAUUCCUGAAUUGCAGAACAAAUGGGUUAAGCUUGAUCAGAAAGGAGAUGGUCCAGGGGCAAGAAGCUCUCACGCCAUGGCCAUGGUGGGAAACAAGAUCUACUCCUUUGGCGGCGAGUUCAAGCCGACCAUCCCCGUCGACAACCAUCUCUUCGUUUACGAUCUCAAGACCCAUACAUGGUCCAUCUCUUCCGCGACCGGAGACAUCCCCAUCGUCUCUUUCGGCAUCUCAAUGGUCGCCAUCAGAACCACCGUCUACCUGUUCGGAGGUCGGGACGAGGACAAGAACUACAACGGUCUCUACGCUUACGACACUCUCACGAACGAGUGGAAGCUACUCUCACCCGCCGACGAGGGGCUUCCCGCCCGUAGCUACCACUCGAUGGCUGCGGAUGAUGAGAAUGUGUACGUCUUUGGUGGCGUGACCGCGAAUGGACGUGUCAACACUCUCCACGCUUACAACAUUGUCAACAAGAAGUGGAUUGAGUUCCCGUCCCCUGGGGAUUCCUGUGAGCCGAGAGGUGCCCCGGGACUCGCAGUGGUUCAGGGGAGAGUAUGGGUUGUGCACGGAUUCUCCGGGUAUACUACGUUCGACGAUAUCCAUUGCUUCGAUCUCGCUGAACGGAAGUGGACGACCUUCGUGGAGACAACGGGCGACGUGCCAGCAGGGAGAAGCGUUUUCGCGAUAGCGGCAACGGGGAAGCACAUUGUUAUAUUCGGAGGCGAGUUAGAGGCGAGCCCGUUGAUGCAUAUGGGAGCCGGGAGAUUCUGCGGGAAAGUUUACGCGUUGGAUACUGAGAAAUUGUCGUGGAAGAUGCUGGAUGGUGCGUCGGUCGGGGCAGAGGUGGAGCAUCCGAGGUUGCGGGGGUGGCUCGGGUUCACAGCCGGGGAGAAGGACGGGGAAGAAGGGAUGGUGAUCCAUGGAGGGAAUUCUCCGACCAAUGAACGCCUUGAUGAUCUCUUCUUCUUCAGUUUCUCGUCUUUGGACAGUGGAAACUAACUCAAGUCGUUGUGUGUUUGUGUAUGUCAUUAGUUGUAAUGACGAACUAAGUGUUUUCUUGGUGUGAAGUCUUGUCGUGACAAUCUCUAAAAUAAAAGUGUUCCUUUAAAAUAUGAAGGGUUUGCUU